CUUGCACAAUUCCUACUACUACUAAUUCAACUAUUACUAGUCUUCUAUCAUAUGCACUAGAAUCCCAAAGCUACUUCUGGUUGCAGAACAGAAAUCAGUGCUAAAAUGUACAAGACAUCUAUUUUCAGCUAUACCCUUAAUACAAAUGUUUUGCAGCCUAAGAUGGUAGUUGCAAGGUUGAAGAAUCCAAGUCCAAGAAUUGGACACUGCACAAAGGUACCCCGGAAUUCAAAUAUGGAGAAACUGCAACAUGGAUAUUUGUUCCCUGAGAUUGAAAGGCACGAGCAUAUGCACUUACAAAAGUAUCCACAUGCAAACAUCAUUGACCUUGGAAUUGGUGAUACUACAGAACCCUUACCAACUAUGGUAACAUCAAGCAUGGUUGAUUUUGUGCGUGGUCUUUCAACAUCAAAAGGUUAUAAAGGAUAUGGUCCUGAGCAAGGAGAACAGGCAUUGAGGAAGGCAAUUGCUGAUGUAUACUACAAGGAUCUAGGAAUAAAACCCACAGAAGUUUUUGUUUCAGAUGGUGCACAGUGUGAUAUUACUCGCCUUCAGCUGCUUAUGGGUCCUAAUCUGAAGAUAGCUGUACAGGAUCCAUCGUUUCCGGCCUACAUAGAUUCAAGUGUUAUAAUUGGUCAGGCUGGUGAUUUUGUAGAUAAAGUUGGAAAAUACAAAAACAUAGAAUACAUGAAGUGUGGACCUCAAACAAACUUCUUUCCUGAUCUGCAUAAAGCUUCAAGGCCAGAGCUUAUUUUCUUCUGUUCUCCAAACAAUCCCACUGGCCAUGCAGCAACAAGGAAGCAAUUGGAACAACUUGUUGAUUUUGCCAAAGUGAAUGGAUCAAUCAUUAUCUUUGAUUCUGCAUAUUCAGCUUAUAUCACUGAUGAUAGUCCCAAGUCAAUCUUCGAAAUUCCUGGAGCCAGAGAAGUAGCGAUCGAAGUUUCAUCCUUCUCAAAAUUCGCAGGCUUCACAGGUGUCCGACUUGGAUGGACCGUGGUCCCUGAAGAACUCUUAUAUUCAAAUGGCUUCCCUGUUGUCCAUGAUUUCAACCGCAUAAUGUGCACCUGCUUCAAUGGAGCUUCCAACAUAGCCCAAGCUGGUGGGCUAGCAUGUCUGUCCCCAGAAGGUUUCAGGGCUGUAAAAUCCCUUAUCAACUACUACAUGGAGAAUGCAAGCAUACUGGUUAAUGCUCUGUCUUCGCUUGGCCUGACAGUUUAUGGAGGGAAAAAUGCUCCCUAUGUUUGGGUUCAUUUUCCAGGCUCAAAAUCCUGGGAUGUCUUUGCUGAAAUUCUUGAGAAGACUCACAUUAUUACUGUCCCAGGCAGUGGUUUUGGUCCAGGUGGUGAGGAGUACAUAAGAGUUAGUGCUUUUGGCCAGAGAGAUUCCAUCAUUGAAGCCUCAGAGAGGCUCAAAUAUCUCCUUUAUCAGGAGGAAAACUAAUGAUUAUACUUAAUCUCAGUUUUAUGAUCUAUAUUCUAUACAUAAAAUAAAGAAAAAUGGCAAACCUUAGCCUUCACUACUACUUGUUAGAGGAUUCAGGUGUGAACUACACUUUCUACGUCUAGAAACUUUGAAGUGCUCCUGCCAAAACUAGAAGUGUGAGGACAUAUGUGUAACAAAUCAGAAUAUUGGACUUGCUAAUGUUAUUUGAACAAGUGAUUCUUCUUCCUUUCUUUUUUGUUUAUAUUCUCCUCUUUCUUUAAGUUCUUAAUAUUAAGUUUAACAGACUGCUCACUGCAUAAGAUGAUUGGUAAGUUUUGCAGAGUGUUGAAUAGGUUUUGCUUUUUCCAACAACUUUGCUUCCUCAUAAAGAAAUGGCCAAAAAAUUACAACCUAAACUAAAUAUGUUAUAAAAUAUAU